UUCUACAGAGCAGAUGGCUUUACACAUAAAUCCUAUUAACAACUUUCUGCUGAUGGAGACUCAGUGAGCACAGGGCUUUCCCACUCUUUCAUUAUCUCCACGGAGAAGUCUGCUUUUUUGUUUUCUAACCUCUAAAAAGAAGUGGUAGAGCGGAAGUCAGAGGCCACGCCAUGUCUGCAGAGAAGAAGCCAAAAAAGAAGAAAGAAGAAACAAACGGCACAACAGAAGCCAAGCUGAAUGCAAAAGAGGCCAAGCCCAAAAAAACAAAGACGAAGAAAAGUGAAGAUGUAUCCGAUGAGGACAGUCCUGCCAUCCAAAAUGGAAAGAAGGUGAAGAAAAAGAAACCAGAAAAAGAUAAAGAACCAGACAAGGACAAAGAAAAGGAGAAAGAGCCAAAAAAGAAAGCCAAAAGUGCUCCAAAAAAGAAGAAAGAUUCAGGCUCAGAUAAUGACGAUGAUAACGAUGACGAUGAAGACGCUCCCAAAAAGAAGACUAAGAAAAAGACAACGAAGGACAGCUCGACAUCUGAAACGACUGCCAAAGAAAAGAAAUCUAAAUCUAAAGAGGACAAGGACUCUGAUGGGAAAGAAAAAAAGUCCAAGUCAAAGGAGAAGGACAAGAAGAAAGAACCAGCUUCAAUGUUCCAGAUAAAUGGAGAAAAAGACUCAAAAAGCAAGAAGAAAGUUGCCAAAUCAGACAGUGAUGAGAGCGAGGAGGAGACCAAGCCAAUCAAAUCAAAGAAGAAAUCCACCGCUAGCUCAUCAUCCUUGUUCCAAACGUCCGGAGAUAAGGACAAAGACAAGAAGACAAAAAAGAAAGCAAAGGCAGAAGAGAGUGAUGAUUCUGACUCAGAAAAAGAUGAAAAAUCCAAGAAGAAAAAGGGCAAAGGGAAGAAGAAAAAGGCGAGAUCUCCAUCACCUGAGAUUGAGUUUGACAACUUGGAGAGGUUUGUGAUGGAUCCGGCUCCACAGGGCGUGACCGUCAAAUGCAGAGUGACUCGAGACCAGAGAGGGGUGGACAAGAGCCUCUACCCUCUGUAUUACCUCCACCUCGACAACCAAAAGAAGACCUUCCUGUUGGCUGGGAGGAAAAGAAAGAAAUGCGCAACUUCAAAUUACCUCAUUUCCAUCGAUGCCACAGAUUUAUCCAGAGGUGGAGAGAACUUUGUCGGAAAGCUGAGGUCCAAUUUAAUGGGGACUAAGUUCACCAUAUUUGACAACGCUCUGAAUCCAGACCGAGCUCUUCCAGACUUGUCUAAUGCACGGCAGGAACUAGCAGGCAUCAUUUAUGAAACAAAUGUCUUAGGGAUGAAAGGACCCAGAAGGAUGACGGUUGUCAUUCCAGGAAUGGACAAGAACAAUGAAAGAGUGCCUCUCCGACCACGAAAUGACUGCGAUGGCUUGUUGAUAAGGCACCAGUAUAGAAAGAUGGACAAUCUGAUCGAGCUUCACAACAAGACGCCUGUGUGGAACGAAGAAACUGCGUCUCAUGUUCUCAACUUUAACGGCAGGGUCACCCAGGCCUCCAUCAAAAACUUCCAGAUAGUCCAUAGCAAAGACGUGGACUACAUUGUGAUGCAAUUUGGACGAAUAGCUGAUGACAUUUUCACGCUGGACUACAAGUACCCGAUGUGUGCCGUGCAGGCCUUUGCCAUCGCCCUCUCCAGCUUUGAUGGUAAAAUCGCCUGCGAAUAACAAAAGCAAGAUCUUUGUCCAAUUUUCUACUCCCACUGAAACCAGUAUGCAACACGCCCACAACCACGUCACAAAAACUCUUUGGACUCACCUGUAACACUUCCUGUGGUAGACGGCGAUAAUGGUUCCUUGAACAUGACCAUCCCUGCUGCUGUGCUGUCAACUUUAUGGGCGUGGGAUUCAAUCUGAGAUUGCACAGCAUGGCACAAGAGAGUUACGUUUUUUUGUCCCGGGAGUGGAAACCUCCAAAUUUCUGUUAAUCACAGACACACAGUACUUAAAAGGACUUCAGCGACUGGAGAGUUAAGUAUUUUUAAGGAGAUGAUGGUACACCUUGAUGAUGAAAGUUACGAACUUCAUUAAAAGACUGUGUUUUGGUUUUGUUGUGCUGUAUCAUAUUGCUGUUUAUUUAAUAUGCAAAUAAACCAGUUAUCAGACAUUGUUAAAGGUCCCAUGGCGUGAAAAUUGAACUUAAUGAGUUUUUUUUUUAGCAUUGAUAUGAGUUCCCACAGCCUGCCCAUGAUCUCCCAGUGGCUAGAAAUGGCACUAGGUGUGAACCAUUCCCUGGGUAUCCUGCUCUGCCUUCAGAUAUGGUAUUAGGGGACCACUAAGGUCUAUAUAAAAGAGACUUCAGAUAUGGUAUUAGAGGACCACUAAGGUCUAUAUAAAAGAGACUUCAGAUAUGGUAUUAGAGGACCACUAAGGUCUAUAUAAAAGAGACUUCAGAUAUGGUAUUAGGGGACCACUAAGGUCUAUGUAAAAGAGACUUCAGAUACAGUAUUAGGGGACCACUAAGGUCUAUGUAAAAGCGUCCAAAGAGCACCAUGUCAUGGGACCUUGAAGGUGGCAUGCCCAUAAGUGUCAUAUUCUGGAAUAGGACUGUCUUUAGUUCUUAGUAUCUGGUGUUUUUGGUGAUUUUGUGACUACACAUUCAAUCUAAGAAUAGUUCCCUGGGGCAACCUGUAGCUCACCCAGUAAGUCCUUUGCAGUCCGGGGUUCGAGUCUGACCUACGGCCCUUUUCUGCGUGUCAUCCCCCACCUUUCUUGUCUAUCCACUGUCACUAUCUUAUAAAUGGAAAAAAAAUCAUCUUUAAAAAAAAAAGAAUAGUUUCCUGUUCCAUGAUUUGUGCUCCUGCAUUUUUUUUUCUAUUAUGUGUUUUUUCGGUUCCAACAUUUUGUAAAAUGUCUUCUUUUCUGAACAAUUGCCUUUGUUGCAUUUCUAGGCUUAUGGUUGUAAUAUUAUUUAAUAAAGCGUGUAAACUUUUGAA